AUGAAGGCCCGUAAACUUGAAAAAAGGUCAAACCUUUUUGCUCUCUUGGGGUCAAUCAAAGCAAGCUCCGCAAGUCUAUCGGCCGCCAUAGCCUUCUUCGCACCAGACUCCGCCUCGUACGAAGUACCGCUGGAGUUCUCAUCCAUCGAGCUGCUACGCUUGUGCCUCUGCCCGGAAGAAGCUGCCGCCGCCGGCGGGCCGCCGUCCAAUCCAAGCCCAUCGAAGAAGUCCGCAUCCACCGAAAGGCUCCUCAAAUGGGCCAUGGGCUUGACCUCGCCGUUAUUUUUGGGCUGGGCCACCGGCGGCGGCGGCGGCGGUCCGGCGGGGAGGAGGGAAGGGUUGUUUUCGGUGACGUCGAUGCUCAAGUCAGCUAGAACUCCGUCGAGGAGCAUGUCGUCGAAGUCAUCGAAGCGGAAGAAGGUCUCGGACUGGGCCCGCCGGUGGUGGACCCGGCGGGUAGGCGUGUCGGGCAUCUGGUCCAAAUCCGCUCGGCCUGGUGGUUUUCCGGAGAAAUUAGGGUCCAUUCGUUCUUCGAAGUGGAAAAUUUGA